UAUACCACCUGGCUAAGAGGCAAAGAACACCAGGAUCAUAACCACAGGCUCCCCACUUGUUCCCGAGCCAACAAGAGCUGACCUGUUGCUAAUCCGGCUGCUUCGUGUGCUUCCAAACCGAACCGGGAAUUUGGCUGAUCGUGGCUCAAAGAGUUGCCGUGAUGUUGUGCCGAGUAUUUUCAUGCCUGUUUCUGCUGGGCCUCAGUUUCGCCUCUGAGGAAGAUGUUCUGGUGAUCACAAGCAGCGGUCCCAUACGGGGCAAACGCCUCAUGACAGAUUCUGGUGCGGUGACAGCUUUCUUGGGAAUCCCCUAUGCUGAACCUCCUGUGGGGAAGCUACGAUUUCAAAAACCAUGUCCUCACCAGCCUUGGAACCACACCCUGAACGCCACCAGCUUUGGCAAUACCUGCCACCAAGGGAGUAUAGAACUUUCCGGCUAUCGUGCGGAACAAAACUCAGAAUCCACCUUCUCUGAAGACUGCCUCUUCCUCAAUGUCUGGGUGCCUCAUCCCCGACCCUCUUCGCCAGCUCGUGCCUUCGUCUGGAUCCAUGGAGGGGGUUUUCUCAAUGGGUCUGGCUCCAUCGAUAGGAGCUUCCUAGCUGCCACUGAGAAUAUCAUCGUGGCUUCUAUGAACUACCGCCUAGGUGCCUUGGGAUUCCUCUCGCUACCCCCAGAGGCUCCGGGGAAUGCUGGUUUGUGGGACCAACACCUGGCGUUGAGUUGGCUGAGGGAAAACAUGGCCGCCUUUGGAGGGCAUCCAACUUGGCUCACCCUGGGCGGUCAAAGUGCUGGGGCUGCCUCGGUUGGUUUCCACCUUCUCUCGCCGGCAAGUCAGGCUCUAUUUGACCAGGCCACUUUACAAAGCGGCGCUGCGAUUUCCCCCUGGGCUUGGGUGAGGCCCGAGAAGGCUGCCAUCAGAGGGCGAACCCUGGGCCGGAUUUUAGGCUGCGCCGAGGAUGACGACAGGGCUGUAGUCCGAUGCCUGCAGAAGAAGGGCCCAGGGGAGAUGAUGAAGAACUUGCCUAUCCUCAGUCAUAAAACUUUGGUGGGUUUCCCUUUUGUGCCCACGACCGAUGGGGAGUUCCUUCCGGAUGCCCCUCGGAAACUUCUGGAAGCUGGGCGAUUCUUGGAGAAACCCUUCCUGACCGGCUUCACCCAUGAUGAAGGCACCCUCUUCCUCUCAGGAAAUGCCCCUGGUUUCAGCCUAUACAACGACAGCUUGAUUAACCACGAGCAACUCUUGGAGGGCCUCCGUUUGAUGGUCCCAGAGGCACCUGAAGUUAUCAUCAAAACCGCAGCAACCGUCUACAGUCAGGAGGAGCACGGGGAAGAACGAUAUCGAAACGCCUUGAUCAAAGCUUCUGGAGACUACCUUUUCUUGUGCCCUGUGGCUGUGGUGGCCACCCGUAUGGCAGAAGCCCAAAGCCUGGCAUUUGCCUACUCCUUCACUCACCAGCCCUCCUUUGUAACCGUCUCCGACUGGGUUGGAGUGCCCCAUUGCUCCGAGCUGCCCUUUCUGUUUGGUGACCCACUAUCUACGUCGGGAUACACAGAGGCAGAGGGGACCCUGAGCCAAAGGGUUAUGAGCUACUGGGGACAGUUUGUAAGGACCGGGUCUCCUGGUGAUGGAGAAUGGCCUGUCUACACAGGAGAGAAUUUCUUCCGCAUUACCACAGAGCCAGCUCAGGGCGAGGAGGUGUCGCCCACCCGUUACUGUGGCUUCUGGGUGUGGCUAGCCACGGAAGGAUUUAAGGACUCUGACCUGAUGGCUGAAGAAAGAGACUCUGAUUGGUAAAAGUAUCUGGAAAUGGAUGGUGCAGAUUUCACUUUAAAAUGCAACUAUCCUCCUUCUUCUACUAUCCCGAAUCUCAGCCAAGCCAUGUGGAUUCAUGCCUGUCGAUUAUACUUUGUGUGUGACUAUCUUGAGGAUCUCACUUUUCACAGAAAAACAAGAGAGAGAAAGAAGUGUUUUCAGACGCAUUAAGUCAUUAACAACAGCUUUAAAAUAUGAUUUCAGCCCUUGCUCUUAAGAUUCCACAGCCACAAGCAAAUAAAAGGAGCCAGCAGCAACUUUUGAGAACUUUUGGAGUCUGGUGAUUAUUUUCUUUUUAUUAUCCCUCCACCCACAAUUUUUCCAGUUAAAAAGAAAAAAAAAAGUAAAUUGUGAAGCGAAGUUACAAUUCCUGCACAUACUCUUCCUGUUUCUCGGUUCCUCUUUCAGACAGAGACUCCAAAACAAACAAACAAUCCUCCAUUUACAGGUAACAUCUUCACUCCAAUUCAUGCAGGGGAUUUCUCCUGCCCAUCACUCACUCUCUGCAAAUACUUCUACCUCUUGCUUCCCUGUUCCUCAGCUUGGAUUUCCUCCUGAUCUCCGCUGGGGGACUUUCCCUCUUGCUUCACAUGACGCCUUUUGACCAUUCAGCCAAUCAGGGCUGUAUCAGAAUUCUUCUUGCACCCAGGCACUCCCUGGUCCCCCCUGAGCAAUUCCUGCCAAGCCUCCCUCAGCUGCUUCACUCUCUUGAAUCAGAUAGAACCCUAUUUCCUCCCAUCAGUUCUCGCCGUGUGCCAUGGAGUUACAAGAAGUGAGGCUUCCUGAAGUUCCAUCAUUGUCUUUCCCAGAUUCAUAGAAUCAUGGAAUUGCACAGAGUUGGAAGGGAGCCUGAGGAUCAUCUUAGUCCCAUGCAGGGAUCGAACCUGUGACCUUGGCGUUAUCAGCACCACGCUCUAACCAACUGAGCUAUCCAAUGGAGAGUAGGGCAGUACCAUUUAUUUACCCAGGUUCUCAUUGCUUCUUUUUUUAAAAAAAGUGAGAGUGUGAGUACAAAUAAACUUUUGACAUAACUUGGUGGAAGAAGAAGAAGAAGAAGAAGAAGAAGAAGAAGAAGAAGAAGAAGAAGAAGAAGAAGAAGAAGAGGAGGAGGAGGAGUUUGGAUUUGAUAUCCCGCUUUAUCACUACCCGAAGGAGUCUCAAAGCGGCUAACAAUCUCCUUUCCCCUCCUCCCCCACAAAAAACACCCUGUGAGGUGGGUGGGGCUGAGAGACUUCAAAGAAGUGUGACUAGCCCAAGGUCACCCAGCAGCUGCAUGUGGAGGAGCGGAGACGCGAACCCGGUCCCCCAGAUUACGAGUCUACCGCUCUUAACCACUACACCACACUGGCUCUCACUGGUGGAAGGCCAGCAAGCCCAGGGGCCAGCAGCCAAUGACACUUAACACACUGCCAAAAGCCAAUAGGAAAGGUGGAAUAAAAAUAUAUUAAAUAAAGAACCAAAAUAUGUUCAGGAACCCUUCUCUUCUGAGCGCUGUGAGGUUGCAGAUCUCCCUUCAAACUCCACAUCAAAGUAAGUCUCUGUUUCCCACUGUCUUUGAUCCCGGUACUGGACUUCCACCUUGUCAGUACAAGGCUGUGGAUACAGGAGAAUCAAGACUGUUUUGGGCUGCUGUGAACCCCUCCAUUGUAGGCUUAGGUUGUGUCCCUUCCACCUCUCCAGUUCUAUGAUUCUAAGAUUCUAACGAUACACAUAAAUAAACCAUACGUCAUAAAGACACCACAGUCUCUGCUUGACCUCACUUCCAAAAGGAAACACAAACUCUGGGUCGGCGCCUGAAACCCUGCUUCAAGACUCGGGUGGCAUGCAACAAUA